CACAGCUAUUAAUACCUCAUUGGAAGAGCGAACGAGGAAAGAACAAGAAAGUACAGAGUGGUACAGAGAGUGUAUAUAUAAAGAACAGAUGCCUAGGUUGACAGUUGGAGAAAAAAUAUACUUUGUGUAUCUGAAUACUUAUGAACAGUUUCAAUUGAGAUCGAGCGUCUCGUACUGAGAAGAUAAACAAAUCGAGAUUCAAUUCAACGAAAUGAAUACGCUAAGUGAUACAAAUGUAAAAGAGACGAAUGCAGAAGUGAAACUACAGAAGACUGUUCGUUCCAACUUGGUGAAGAUUUUCAAGUGCUCCGAAUGUGGAUUGACUUUCGAUCGUGCUUCACAAUUAGGCUAUCACCAUCGAAGUAUUCAUCUAGGAGAGCGAUCUCAAAUAUGUCAGAUAUGUGGGAAGGGUUUCUUUCGCAAAGCAGAUCUGCGCACACAUUUGAAUAUCCAUCUGGGUACAAAUUUCUGCAUUUGUGAAUUCUGUGGAAGGAGAUUCAAUCACAUAUCAAAUCUUAUAAGGCACUGCAGAGUGCAUGCAGGAGUCAAGCCUUAUCUAUGCUCAAUUUGUGAUAGACGGUUUACACAAGUUUCUUCGCUAGUAAGACAUAAACAAAUAAUACACGGGAUACCAAAGGAAAGCAUGCGCCAGUAUUGCAGUUCUAGUCUUAUCAGCAAUAAAUCUCAAGUCACUAAGCAUGCAUCUAAGGAGAAUGAGUUUGUCAAAAGUAUCGCGACAAAGCAACAAUCGAUCACUAAACGGCUAUGUUGUUACGAAUCUUUUGCGGGGAUUGUUUCAAUUGCCCCCACGCGACAACACAGAAAGUGUCAUUCCGAGAGCACUGUGUUGUCGGAAUGCAAUAGUUGUAAGAAGACGACAGACAAUAACGUUAAAGAUAGGUAUCACGAGAAAAUAUGCCCAGAAUUGAAAUGCCAGGAUACUGAUAGGGAGACAGAUACGCAGAAGAAUAAAAUAUCCAAUCAACAUAGUACCGAGGUGAACAGUACAGCUGUAGCAGCAUAUUUACCUUUGGAGACUGUCAUUUACGUCACAUCUAAACAGUUCGAAGAAGAUAAUUUAGCAGAGAUCGAAAAUCGGUUGUCGCAAGAUUACCUCGCUGGGAUCGAAGAAAAAUUGCAGUCUAUCGAUUUGUCGACAAGUAAGACUGUUGCUUCGAAUCCUCCUCAGAACGCAGCCGGUAAUCACGAGCAGACACCAUCCAAAGACAACAUAAUUUAUCUGCAUCAGCUCGACAGAAACAGUUUCACCUUUCUACCGCGAGACAGAGGACCUGGCGACGCAGACGGACGUGUGAUACAAGAUUUCAAAGAGAAUCUUGCGAACGAUGUCGAGAAAUCGUUGGACAUAAGAACAAACCUGCAAACGUGUGAUUCCGACCCGGUAGAUCAAAAGUUUCUGCAUAAGCAAAUGUGCAAAGAGACUAUCAGUGACGACAGAAAAUGCGACAAACCGUCGUUGAACGAUGACAAUCAGUUGUACAUAGAGCUCUCCGAAUUGGGAUUGUUGAAAUUCGACGAGUCCCGUUACUGCAGUAAUACAGAUCUGGACGCGGUGAAGUCUGAACAUUCUGCGGAUAUCGCGGUUGAUGGCUUAACGUACACCUCUGUUGCGGCGCAGAAUCAGAAUAAUUUGGCGCGCAACGGGGAGAAUCCGGAGGGUUUAAAUAAUCCGAGUAGCAUAGUGUUAAACAAUGAGGACCCGAUGUUGCGUAUGGUGCAAACAGAGGCGGGUGAGCAGUUUUACGAGUUCAUAAGCAAUUUGGUGGAGAAGAUGCAGGAUACCACGAGCGUGGAGAACACGGGCGAUAAAGCACAGGAGCCGUCGAGCGCCUUUGGACAUUGUCAAAGUACAGAUCCGCGAGAUUCGCAUGAAAAUAACGGGAAGAGCGAUCGGACGGAGCACCAACAGACUCUGGAGGAUCUCACCGACAUAAAUAAUGAAUUCAAUUACACGCAGUUCGAUUUUCACAGAGACGAGAAGGGCUUCACCGUUCUGUGCAACGAGUCCGGGCCUUUUCAACAGGACUCGCGAGCGAACACGACCGCACUGCAGGAGAAGAAUUUGCAAGCCUACAGCUCCGGUAACCUGGAAUUGCUGGAGAAUGAAUCGCAUGUGGAUUUCGACAAGUACGUGGAGACGAAUUUCGAGGUGUUCGAACGACUGAACUACGAGAACUGUAGUGAGAGGUUUCUCGAGUUUGUGGAGGUCGCCGAUAUCGGUGUAGAGUCCUCGUCGGAAAGUAAAGAGUCGCCGAUGGUAUGCUUGAUUCAAAAUGACGGCGAUCAGCUAUUGGAACUGCUGCAGGAUUGUCAAAUUACCGAACAAGAGUCGGAUUUCGUUUCUGCGGGCAAACUCGACGAGGAUUGCUCGAACGUUUUGCAGGAUAGCAACAAGAUCGUCGAUUGCACCGAGGGUAAGCCUGACUUCUUCACGUACGUCGAGAAUAACGCGCCGUUAGAGGAAAACAUGAAUAGCGAUCGAGACACCGUAGACAGCGGUGAUCCUUUGUAUACGGAUCUGAUGAUCAAUGAUGAUGGUAUGAGUAUGAGUAAUAAUAAAAAUGCGAACGACGAGAAUCGCGUCGAAACGUCAAAGGAGCCGAAGGAGCCAAAGGAGCCGAAAAAAUCAGAGAAACUGGAGAAAUCGAAAAACUCUCCGAAGAAGUAUCAAUGCUCCGUGUGUAAGAAAGCGUUCUCGACGGCUUACAAUUACAAACAGCACAUUGGCAUACACUUCACGGAUCAACAGAAGUUCCACUGCAAAGAGUGUGGAGUGUCCUUCGCUUGGAAGUCUACUUUGAACAAACAUAUCGCGAGUACCCACAACUCAAACUGGCCGCCGAAAUUCGUUUGCAACAUUUGCCCGAGGGUCUACAGUACCUUAUCGCAAGUAAACGAGCACGUGAAGAGGGAUCACCUGAAGCAACGUAAUCAUGUUUGCGAUUAUUGCGGCAAGUCCUUCUUCAAGAGCUUUGACCUGAAAACCCACAGCAGAACGCACACUAACGAACGUCCGUACGCGUGUCGAGUUUGCGGCAAGAGGUUCCAUCAUCAGAGCCAUAUUAUUCGUCACGAGCGCACACAUUCGGGCGAGAGGCCGUACGUUUGCGUCGUUUGCCAAAAAGCCUUCAUACAGCCCAGUUCGCUAAAAGUGCACGAGCAAAAGCAUCGACAGCUCAGGAUGGAUAUUCUGAAUUACCAGAUCGACGAGGAUGAUCCUAUUGCGUUGAUGACGUUAUAAAAAUUACGUGACCGUUACUGUAUUAUAAGAAAUAAUUCAAAUAUCACAAUUUAUAUUUUAUCGCCAUUGUUACCGCCACAUUAUUUUUUUAACUAAAACUGUUGAAAAGAUGGAAA